AUGGCUUCGACGCCGAUGGAUCUGGACCAUCGCGAGUCGACCCCGGCCAACGGAAACUCGCUUAACAUCACGCGCUCUCUAGCAACAAACAAUACCUCACCGUUGAGCGAAGUCAUAUCGUCAUUCCGCCCAACAAGGCUUUUUAAAAGAUCAGACAUCAAGGAUGGCCGUCCACAACCCCACGUGCUAUCCCUCGACUUCGACGACCCGGGCGAGCUUCUCAUGACCUCCGAGAGCGACGAGACUAUCCAGAUUUACAGCGUGAAGGACGGUGAGCACAAGAAGAACUUGCUAAGCAAAAAGUACGGCGUAAAGCUGGCAAAGUUCACACAUACGAGCUCCAGCAUCAUUUACGCGAGUACGAAGCAAAAUGACCAGAUCCGAUACUUGGCUACCCACGACAAUUCCUUCAUCCGAUACUUCGAGGGCCACGAGAAGAGUGUCACAGAUAUUACAGUACACCCAGGAGCUGAUAACUUCAUCUCUUGUAGCCAGGACAAUACUGUGCGCCUCUGGGAUAUCUCGACGAAAACAUGGUGCGGUCAACUGAACCUCAACUCUCCGUAUCUCGCCGCAUACGACCCGUCGGGACAGACUUUUGCAGUCGCAUGUACGAGCAGCGGAAGCGUUCUACUAUAUGACUGCCGCAACUACGACAAGGCGCCCUUUGCGACCUUCGAUCUCGUCGACGCCGGCAGACACGUGGACUCGCAGUUUGUAGUCAGGGGUUGGACGAAGCUAGAAUUUUCGAAUGACGGCAAGCAUAUACUGGUCGGCACUCGCGGCCCCGGCCACUUCCUACUCGAUGCCUUCGACGGGAGCUUGAAGGCGUACCUGCGCAAGCCCGAGAGCGGAACCCGGCGGCUGGCGGCUGGUGAGACAGCAACCACCAUCAAUGGCAGUAUGUCGAAGACGGACCAGCCCACAAUCGAAGGCAGCGGGGAUUGUUGCUUCUCUGUGGACGGCCGCUACGUUCUGAGCGGUGGUCCGAAGGAUGUCCUGGUCUGGGAUAUCUUGACCCCGCCUCAGAACGAGACCAAGACCCUCGAUGCCACCUGGGUACUGGAGGAAAAGCGAGAGGCGGCGGUGUUGGCAUUCAACCCGCGGUACAACUUCUUUGCGACGGCGGAUCAAGAUGUGCUAUUCUGGGUACCCGAUCCUCAUGCAUGA